GGCAUCACACCUCGACCUUUUAAACUCCACAUAACGAGACCGGAGAACUGACCCAUCUACGAUAUCGUACCUACCUACCGUAGCGCACACGCUUUCGUCCUUUCGUUCUUUCGUUCUCCGGGUAUCGAUUGUUGUGGAUAAGGAUUUUAUAGUACUGUGAUGGCAUCGAGGGGUAGAGGUGGAAAGUAUGGGAAGCCUCAACGUGGUGGUUUGUUUCCCCUUCCUUCCUUUGAUAUCAUCUUACUUAUCGUUUGUUUGUGCUGAUGGUGUGAUACUUUCCUUUAGGUGGCAAGAAGUUUUCCAGAAAUCUAGUGCCCUUAGAUAAUGACGAUGGUGAUAGUAUUCCGGAGGGAAUGUGGGGUGUAUGUUCCUCACCCCCUCUCUUUACAUCUAUUCUAUUCUACUAUGCUCUACUCAACUCAACUCUAACAAAAUAACAGGAGGCUCGGGACCCAAAACCUGAAAUCCCUUCUUCUGGGGACGAAGAGGAGGAGGAAGACGAGGAAGACGCCAACGAGCCAGGAAUAACCCGUGAGGAACGGCGCGCGGCGAAGCAAGCCCGUAAGGAAGCCGCUCGUGCCAAAUCCACCGCUACCGCCGGUCCAUCCUCCCUCCCCUCUUCCGGAGACGAGGAGGAUGAUGAUGAAGAAGAAGGCAGGGUGGGGGCUGCCUCUACCAAGAAAGCUAAGGAGAGUGUUAUCGCGACGGCGAAUCCCAACGCUCCUGGUAGCUCCGAUGCUGGAGGCGGAGGCGGAGGAGCUGGGGGGCUGACGAGGAGGGAGCGAGAAGCGAUAGAGGCCGCUGCUGCUAAGGAGAGGUUUUGGAAAUUGCAGGAGGCUGGCAAGACUGAUCAGGCGAGGGCCGACCUUGCCAGGCUGGCGGUUAUCAGGAAGGAGAGAGAGGAGAAGGCGAAGCAGAGGAAGGCAGAGUUGGAGGAAAGGAAGGCUGCAGCGGAGGCUAAGGUUGCCUCUAGUGGGAGGAAAAAGUAGCACCCUUAGGAGCAGAAGACAGGCAUGGAGCGGGGAGGUGGGAUUAUUCAACUUGUGUGUUUUUUUUUUAAAAAAAAAAACUUUUUAUCUCCAUCUUUUCACCUUUCCAACCCUACUUUCUGAUACCACUACUUUUAUCCGAACGUAUGGACCGGCGUUACACUCGGUGCGUUCCAUCAAUAAUACUCGACCAGAUCAAUAUCUCGGGGAACCUGCAUGGCACA